AACCAGUGAAAACUGAAAAACCUCUCUAAAACCCCCAUUAUCUCUUAUAUGUGUUCCUCUCAGUCCCACCAGUCUUCCAAAGAUGCAUAUCUCUCUGACCCUUUUACCCUCCAAAGUUCCUCUGCUAUUGUCACCCCACCAACCCAUUUCAACCGCAGCACCAAAGACUUACAGAGUUCCACUUCAGACCCGUCUGGGUCCGGUGAACGCCCUCAAAGAGCCCGGGUUUUUGCCAGCCAUCGGCCGAGCCAUCGAAGAUGACGAGUACCGGAUUGCCAGGUCGCAGGUCCUCCGAAAAGGGAUGGACUUGGAAGGCUAUUCGAUUGAGGGAAUUUCCAUUGGUGGGCAAGAGACUUGUGUCAUAGUCCCCGAAUUCAAAUGUGCUUUCGAUAUUGGGCGGUGCCCCACCAGGGCUAUUCACCAGAACUUUGUUUUCAUCACUCAUGCUCAUCUCGAUCACAUUGGUGGGCUUCCCAUGUAUGUUGCUAGCCGUGGCUUGUACAGCUUGAAACCUCCAACAAUAGUUGUGCCUCCUUGUAUCAAAGAGGACGUGGAGAAAUUAUUUGACAUCCACAGGUCCAUGGGCCAAGUGGAGCUGAACUUUGAUUUGGUUCCAUUGGAUAUUGGUGAAACAUUUGAAAUGCGGAGUAACCUUGUUGUCCGGCCUUUCAGAACUCAACACGUGAUACCUAGCCAGUUAAUUUGUAAUGUGCAGGGUUAUGUAAUCUACUCAGUUAGAAAAAAGUUGAAAAAGCAGUACAUUCAUCUUAAAGGCAAACAAAUUGAGAAAAUAAAGAAGUCUGGUGUUGAGAUCACCGAUACUAUACUGUCUCCUGAGGUAGCAUUUACAGGAGAUACAACGUCAGAAUAUAUGCGUGAUCCACGCAAUGCUGAUGCUUUGAGGGCAAAGAUACUUAUAACUGAGGCAACUUUCCUGGAUGAAAACUACAGCAUUGAGCAUGCACGUCAACAUGGUCACACUCAUAUAUUUGAGAUUAUGAGAAAUGCUGAGUGGAUUCGGAAUAAGUCAAUUCUGCUAACACAUUUCUCUUCCCGUUACCAUUUAGAGGAUAUUCGUCAGGCUGUAUCAAAGUUGCAGUCGAAAGUUUCAGCAAAAGUGGUUCCUCUUACAGAAGGUUUUAGAUCAAUGCAUACAUAGUUUAAAUUGUAGAGCUCUUGUUCUCCGCUAUUAGCUACUAUAACAAGGGAGUAGUGGAGAGAGAGAUGUAAUGCAAUCAGUUUUCUGUACAUCAAUCUUUCCUGAUAAAUGUUCUCCUAUAAUAUGCAGUAAAUUAUUUUGCAAAACAGAGUAGUAGACAUUAUUAGUUUAUGACUAAACAUACAUUACAGUUCAAGUGGUACAUCUGUACUGUUUAUCGGGUAUGAUUCUUCACAUGAAAUCUUUGUGGGCCCAAAUGAGUCAGUUGUGUCGA